AAAUUAAAUGAUCUAAAGCUAGAAACGCAACAACAACAACAACGCCAGUAUAGAUUACAGUACACUAAACAUCAAUCAACUAGCAGAUGUAGAUUAGAAAUAAAGUUGGGAAAAUAUUGGGUUUUACUUUCAGUGAUCAGUUAUAGAAAACUGUUGCAAAGCCAAAUUAAAUCACUUUAAAACCUAAUACAAGCAGUGAUUUUCCCCCAAAAUUACAGCCUCUUACAGGCAAUUGCAAAGAUCACUGACUGAACUGGAUGUCUGAAGUGGCCCACAAAGAUGCUCCAGGAAGUCAUGGAGUGGAAGAAAGUCUGCCGCACACUGAGGCAAUUUCAGUGGUGCGGAAAGAACUGGCAGACAUCAUACAGGGUGACCCUCUACUAUGUGAUUUACCAGCAGAGAUAACACUUGACGAGAUACAGUCUCAGAUUGCCCUGGAAUACGGACAAGCCAUGGUGGUAAAUGUACGGCGGGCUGACAACCAAGUCAUGGGAAUUGUUGUAACCCAGAAUGCAACUGUGUUAGACCUAAAGCAUGCUAUCAAGAGACAUUUCGUAUUACAACAAAACAGAGCAAAGGGACCUACAAAACUGAGUUGGAAAUAUGUAUGGAAGAGACACUGGCUUUACUUUGAUGGACAGCGACUCACGGAUGACAACAAGAAAAUAAAAGACUACGGAAUCCACAACAAAGACGAGGUGACGUUCAUGAAACGGCUGCAAGAGAGAUGAAGAUUGUAUCCAGCUGAUCUUGUGACGAGACUGUUGAAAUUAGUGCAAUAUUGGCUCGUAUGCCAUUGAUAUAUGAGUCGCGCUGUAGGAAGAUGGGCUUAAUGCACAAGUUUCAAGUUUUGUCCCAAAUUAACCUGUGUACUCGGCUUUCAUGGUUUUGUACACCAAAAGGAAGUCUGUUCUUAGCAAAAAUCAAGUUUUGGCAGAAAGUUUGCAGGCUGCACAGGCUAAUGUGGGACCAACUUACCCUUAUGCAUUAAGCCCUGUUUUCCAAGAGUGAGGUGUUUAUGUGUAGAUUGCAAUAUAAUUAUGAAUUGUGACUCAUGAGACUUAAUUAAAGGGAUCUAAAAGAAAUACAAUAUUGUUCGGUUAUACUGGCAUUAACUUGUGAAAUGUAUUGGGGGACACAUUAUGUGUGCUUUUUAAUGGCUUAAACCCUGAGGAAACUUAUUUAAAAACCAUUCCAAAAAAUAACUGUACAUUUUGUUUCUGCAUAUAAAAUAUAUUGACUAAAAACUCAUUUUAUGCUUAAAUGACAACUUAAAUGAAGUAUGUUUAACUGAUGUAAUGUAACCCUAUAUUUAAGGUUUUUAACCAAAUGUAUGUUUGAUGAAACAAUUGUUAACAAUGUAGAACACAUUUUUAUUUGUUUAUUUUUUACGCAAAAAAUCUAUACUAGUUUAUCAAUAAACUGAGUGACACCAAUAAUAUCAACUUUAUAUAAAUAUGUAGACCCGCAAGUGAAAAUAAUUUUGGAACGCUCUGGGAAAAUGGGGCUUAAUGCAUGUGCAUGUACUUUUAACACAAUUAAAGGGUUUUCGUAAAUGAAAGCCAAAAGUGACGUCCCAGAU